CAUAAAGGGAGGGCUCUGUGACCCAACAUUUUUUGCUAGAUCCUCUUUAGUACUGCAUGCGGCAAAAUGCCUCACAAUCAUCCCAGGCACCCAAGUGCGAUCCCACGGGUGGCCUGGGACUCCAGGCUGGAAGAAAUGAACGAGACCUGGAAAGGAGCAGUUGCCUGCCUUGGGGUGGCCGUGUUCUUUAUGAUGACCAUUGGGAUUAUUUACUGGCAAGUGGUGGAUCAGCCCAACAAGAACUGGAUCCUGAGAGGCAGUGCCAGCGGUCUCAUAUGGGAGCGAAGAGCGCACUCCCUCGUCUUGCAGACCCUGAACGAUGAGAAAAACUUGUUGGAGAUUAACGUGCGCAGCUUCCAGGAUGUAGAGGCACCUUUUGUGAAGAAUCUGUGUGGGCUAAAUAAAACAGAAUUCUGCUACACCUGGGAUGCUACAGCCGACCUGAAGAUUUCCUUGGAGCCCAGCCUUUCUUCCAUCACAGAGUGCUACAGCAUAAAUUGGACCCCUCAACAUUGCCAGGUUAAACUAAAGGACUGCUUUUCCAUGACAAAUAUUUCCUGGUAUGGAGGAGCAAGUAUCAGCACCCAGCAUUGGCCUUUGAACAGCAUGGACAUAGAGGCCCAGCCAUUUGUUAUCAGCAACCUUACACAAAAUCCCACUGGCUAUGGAUCUGUCUUAGAAAGAUAUUUUUUGGGAUCAACUGGAGUGACGAUUAUGAUUGCCUCAGAUAUUCCCAUCUCUCUGUCAGUGGAGAGGAACAAACAUUUUUGCCUUGAGAGUAUCCCUGGCAUCGAUAUGGCGUUCCUGGAGUACACGGUGUGUGUCAGUCCAAACAUCACAUCCGCCCACAAGGAAGUGGGAAGUCAGCUUUCAAGACAACGCCAAAGGCUUCCAGAUACUGACCUACUCAGGCUGCCAGUCUGGAAGUAUCAUGGGACAGCGGAGUCUGCUGCCAAACUGGAGCGAGGAGUAAGGUCUUUCUUCAAUAAACUGCAAAGGCACCAUCUUGGGGAGGGGCUAAUCAUGCUCAACGAACUCUCCACAACCUUACUGUGUAACACGGACCACACAUAUUUACCUGUGAUGAGAAGAAGGCUUCAUAUGCUGAGACGUGUUAUGCAUCACUCAUUAAUAAAACCUCUAAAACUUUCCAUAACUCUCUCUCCUUAUGAAAGCAUCAACUCUGAACCUUUUCAGAUGUCUCUGAAAGAAGGCAAAGAACACUUCUGGCUGAGCCGCUAUUCCGAAUCUGGUGAAUACUUGGCACCACUGCUUACCAAACGGAAAGGGCAGUUUUUCGUUCGACUGAAUGUCACCACCCAGGCUGCUGUGCUCUGGUUUAUGGACCGAGUGAGACUCUUGAAACAGAGAAUGGGAGCAGAGUAUGUGGUUUUGGAAGGCGGCGAGGGCAACUUGUUUAUGGAGCAAGCCAUCCAACCCCCUGUGGAACUCAAAGGGGAUAAGUAUAUCUACAUUUUAGCCUUAAUAGCGGCUACAUUGGGAAAUUCAUCAAUAAUGAGUGCUGGCACAAGAUCUAGCCAUCUGCCACUCUUUGUCCAAAUGAACCCACUCCAGUCUGACUGGAGCCACGCUGGUUUAAAAGGGAUUAUUCCAUCUGUGCUUCACUACAGUCUUCUUGGUUACAACUUUUUCAUUCCAGAUGCAAUAGGAGGGACGCUAACAAAUGAACUUCUGACUAAUGAAGAGCUAUACAUUAGGUGGCUCCAAAUUGUGACUUUCCUUCCAGUAAUGUCUUUCAGCACACCGCCAUGGGUCUGCUGUAAUAACUGGGUACUAAAUCUCACCAGGCACUACAUAAACAAGCAUCUGGAUUUUGUGGUGCCUCUCAUCCUAAAGUAUAGCAAGGAAUGGCUGUUUUUGGGAUAUCCUGUUUUUCGACCUGUGUGGUGGCUCAGCCCUACUGAGGCGGUCAGCUUUACGAUUGAUGAUGAAUUUCUCAUAGGUGAUGAGGUACUUGUCGCCCCAAUAACAGAACAAGGGCAACAUCAAAGAGACAUCUUUCUGCCCAGGAAAGGUCAGAAGUGGAUGGACACCAACACCGGACAGGUGUUCGAUGGAGGCACCUUCAUCAGGAACUAUUCUGUCACUCUUUUGGAUGUCCCUGUUUUCAUUAGGACUUCAUAG